AUGAAGAUUCUGGUACUCCUUUUUGUUGUCGCCUUGAGCGCCCUACCAAAUUCAUUAGGGCUUAAGAAAGUUGAAAAUGAAAAAACCCAUUCCGUUCCACACUCCGGACAACAUAAACGUAACGCCCUAUCAAGUACUUAUUUACCAGCCGAAACUCCAUCAAACAACUACUUACCAGCCGAUUCUUCCAGCUCCGGUAGUUUAGAUUACUCCAGUAGCGCACCAGCCACCAACUUUGACGGUUCGGCAUCUGGAGCCUCUUCUGGAUACGCCAGCAAUGGCGGAUAUUCUUCUGGACCUACGCAACACUCCUCUCAGCAAUAUCAAGUGCAAACAAAAACCAUUCACGUUCCUUAUGCCGUAGACCGUAAGGUACCCGUGCCAGUUGAAACCCGAGUACAAGUACCCGUAGACCACCAAGUGCAAAUUCCCAUCGACCGUCCCUAUCCAGUCAAUGUUGUGAAAAAGGUUCCCUUCCCGGUACAUGUCGAUCGUCCUUAUCCAGUUCAUGUUGAAAAGCAAGUGCCUGUCACAGUAGAUCAUCCAGUUGAGGUUAAAGUACCUUACCCCCAACCCUAUCCAGUACACGUUGAAAAGAAGGUACCCUACCCUGUUGAUCGUCCAGUAGUUGUUACCGUUGAGCGUCAAAUUCCAGUUGCAGUACCUUACAAAGUUGAAAUACCUGUAGACAGGCCAUAUCCAGUACAAGUUGAAAAGAAGGUGCCUUACCCAGUAUACAUUAACAAACCAUAUCCAGUCCACAUCGAAACGAAAGUACCUGUACAAGUAAGAGUACCAUACCCAGUCAAUGUUGAUCGUCCUUAUCCAGUACAUAUUGAAAGAAAAGUGCCCGUUUACAUCGAAAAACAUAUUCCGUACACAGUAGAGAAGAAAAUUCCUUACCCAGUGCCUGUAGAUCGUCCAGUUCCAGUCACAGUAGAAAAACAAGUCAGUGUUGUACAAAAACCAUCAUCGCAAUAUCUCCCUCAGCACAAUGAAGGCGUAGUAUCUGCUUACAGUAGUGGAUUCUCUGCUUCAACUGGUUCGAACGGACAAGAAUUCACUGGUUCAACCGGACAAGGCAUCUCAUUUUCUUCCAACACUCCAGCAGUUGGACAGACUGGUGGUGAUGCUUAUGCCAACUUUGGGCAACAAGUUGCCAGAAUUCAAUCUUCUCCUGGUUCCAUUGGAACUGCUGGUUCAAACGGGCAAGGAUUCUCUGGUUCAAGCGAACAAGGAUUUUCUGCUUCCAGCGGACAAGGAUUUGCUGCUUCAAGUGGACAAGACUACUCUGGUUCAACUGGUCAAGGGUUUUCUGCUUCAAACGGACAAGAUUACUCUGGUUCAAGUGGACAAGGGUUCUCUGGUUCAACCGGACAAGGAUUUUCUGGCUCAAGCGGCCAAGACUACUCUGGUUCAAGUGGGCAAGGAUUCUCUGGUUCAAGCGGACAAGGUUUCUCUGGCUCAUUAUCUUCUAGUGGAACCAACACUCCAGUAGUUGGACAGCAUGGAGUGUCAUCUGUAAAUGUUGAUGCAGAGUUUGGACAGCAAGUUGCUAGAAUUCAGUCCUCGUCUGGUGGAAAUAACUAUGGUCAAUCAGCUAGCUACUCUUUGGGAUCAGCUGGACAAUCUAACGGACAAUCCUUUGGAUCAGUUGGUUCAAGUUACGGUCAAUUAGCUGGUUCUUCUUCGGGAUACGGAUCUUCCUAUGGACAAGCGUCCUCUCAAGCUGGUUCUUAUUCCUCGUCAGGUUCAGGAAACGUACAAAUUCAGCCCGCUAUUUUAGUAAAAUCAUACAAAUUAGAUGAUAAUAAUAAUUCCGUUAGGUGGAACAGAGACGUGAAAAAAUCUUUAUUAGGUAAACCGCAUAAAAAUUAG